AUGCCUGGAAAUGAUCCGGUGCAGAUGCAAAAAGAGGUGCGGCGGCUCGAGGUGCCGGAGGAUGUGAAAAAGGGAAUUAUUACAUGUCACGAUAUCCCUGAGAAUCUUACGUUACUGCAGAGUCCUAUACUAAACCCUGAAAUCAAAGCAGCAGUCAACGAAAACGCGCUCAAGAGAGAUGUUAUCUUAUCCGAUAAACAGAGAAGUAUGGCUUGCGUUAUAACAUGCAUAGCCGACUUGAUGUCGUCGAAUUUGGAAUCUGAUGCCGCAGAUAAUAAAGAAAGUUUGAAGUUACUCAGCGAUGCAGGCCGCUUGUUAUGCCAUGUACAUUACGAAGAGACAUCAGCUAGAAGGAACUUCUUACAAGCUUGUCUUAGCAAAGACGUCAAAGAAAAUAUAAAGGACCUGAAACGCGAUAGAUUUCUUUUUGGUACUGAUCUUUCAGAUAAACUGAAAUCUAUGAAGGCGAUAACGAAGACGGGCGCGGAGAUGAGACCUGCCUCAACGAAACCGAAGCCUCCACCCAAGAGCAGACAGGCUGAAGCGGGACCUUCGAGGGCUUUAAACUGGCGGGGCCCGCCACCGCCGGCACCUCGACGCGCGUACGCGAGGACGAGCUCGACGGCUGGUGGGCGCAGGCAGCCGGCAGCGACGCCGCGCAGCAGCGCGCGCCGCGACCCGCGGCCGCGGACCAGCAGGCUGGCCGCCAAUCGGCGCUAAGCAGCGAG